UCUUGUCUCCUUCCUCCCCAGGCGGAGGAGGGCAGGGUCAUCUGGUGUCCCUGGGACGCCGUGCAGGUGGGCUAAUCCGGAGGGGGGGGAUGGCAGAGGGAUCGGGGCCGAAGAAACCCUCCUCCCUGCUGGCCACUGCGGCCGGCUGGGCCCAAGCCCUUUGCCGGGGCUUGGUGUGUUUUUGGAGCAACCAGUAUGCCUGGUUGCUGGGGGUGCCCUGCCUCCGGCGAGCCUACCACCUCUGGCUAGCAGCUGUCGUCAUUUUUGGCCCCCUGCUUCAGUUCUACGUGAACCCACGGGCGAUCUUUGCCAAUCAUCAUAACUUCUUUAACAUAAAAUUCGUCAGGUCAGCCUGGGGUUGGACUUGUAUUUUCUUAGGCGGCUUCAUCCUUCUGGUUGUGUACCUAGCGACCUCCCGGAUUCUGCUCACCAUGCGCCAUCUCGCCCGUCUGGUGGUCGGGGCCGGGAUGUGGCUCGGGGCCACGGAGACCUUCCUGCUCAUAGAGAAUCUCACCGGCUACUGUUUCGACCCCGUACCUGAGGGCAUCUUGGUGAACACUCUUCCAGACAAGCGGACCUGUCUUCACGAGGGCCACAAAUGGCGGGGUUACGACGUCUCCGGCCACACCUUCCUGCUCACCUUCUGUUGCCUCCUCAUGGUGGAAGAGACCUCCAUCUUCCGGCGCUACCUGGCCCAGGGACACCCCGCCGGCGUCCCCUUGCGUCUCAUCUUUCUCCUCAACGUCCUCCUCCUCGCUCUCUGGAACUUCCUGUUGGCCUGCACCGUGGUGUAUCUCUACGAAUACAGUCACAAGGUAGUGGGAGCCGCUAUCGCUACCCUCUGCUGGUACCUCACCUACCGAGGCUGGUACCGCUGCCGGUGGUCUCCGGGUAGGCCUGGAGCAGGCCUCUUCACCAAAGGUGCCCUGGGAGAAGCUAAGAAACGGAACUGAACAUGCCUCAAGGAGUCCAAACGCUCAGGCAAGAAGAGGUUCUGAAAGGAGUUCCACAUACCCUGAGAGACAAAUAAAGAGAAGACCCUUUCAGCUGCUCCA